AAAGGUAGAGAGAAAAUUAUUUUUCCUCCUCGAUAGUUUCUGGUGACUAGGAUGAGACCCACUGGGACAUCCCACUCCAGAGCCUGCAGAUAGAAUCCUGGGAAAACUGGCAGAAGUCAGCAAAGGGCUGAGCCUUUGGCACCACUGCGGCUGCGCUGCGGGAACAGUGGGUGGAGCGUAGUUGCCGAGGACCAGGAUGUGGGGAAGGCGCCUGCGCUAGCCCGAUGGUGGCGUCGCGGAAUUGCCUGGGACCACCUCUCCGUGCAACCAGCCCUUAUGUCCUCUGCAUGACCUCCUCCAGCUGCAUUUUAGGGAACAAUAAGAUGUCAUUGAAAUAUUUGCAGCUGAAGAAUGAGAUGAUCAGAUUGGCAUUUGAAAAAGCCUGAUUCAGUGUAAAAUGACUGUGAGAGGAUCAGCUUGGUACCUGGGAGAACAGAACUGUGAGGUGAAAUACGAUAUGAUGGCUGCAGCUUUUCUUCCAGACGUUUUCAUGAUGAAUACGGAAAUGAAAAGGACUCUUUCUUAAUCAGGCUCUGCCUCAACCUACCCAGACCAACAACACCUUAUGCUCUUUGAUGACAACUUUCAACAUGCAGAGUGCUAACAUCACUCUUUAGCUAUAACCUGGUGAUAGCCUAAGAAUUGCAGUACCUGGAUGGAUGAUAAAAAUAUGGAUGGCACAUAAGUCGAAGAAAAGAGCAUCAUAUAGAUCAUCUUUGUUCCAUGGUACUGCAUUUCCCCCUUGGCUGAAGAUCAAUUGACUAUAUUUAUGAUACUGCUCAUGAAGAUAAGCUGGCAAGUUUGUUAAAGGUGAUUCCUUAGUGAUUGGUGCUCCUAAUCAUCUCACUUGACAUUUAAUACAUUUUCUGAAGGAGAACAUAUAUUAUGAAACACCCAAGUUUGAGAAUAACCCAAAAUCUUCAGAAAUCUGGUGAUUGAAGAAGAACAAGGCAUGGCUCAAAGUAAAGAAGAAGGAGAAAAAGAGAAAAUUUCCAUGACAUUUGCACAAGGUGUGACCUUCAACUUGCUGACGCAUCUGCUGAAGUCAUAGCCUGAUAUGUAGGCUUAGUUUCACUGACUACACCCAUGACCAUCCUCUAGACUCCUCAAAAGGUAAUGUUUAGAGGACUCUACAGCAACCUUUGGUAUUGGACAUAUUCAAAAUCUCUUCAACUUCUACUUUCCUAGUCCACUGUCCUCCAACUUUAACUUGCUUGCAAUCCCAUCAAACAUUUUACAUGGUUUGCAAUGGUUACAUGAACUUGUGGGAAGUAGCAUUUGUACCAUUUCAUACUUUAUUUAUGAUGGCACUUUAGGAAAAGAACUUGGAAAAAGCUUCCAAAGCAGUAUUUUAAAAAAUGAAUCUUGUUGUGAAGCUUCGGAGAAGUUUUCGAACAUUGAUUGUUCUCUUAGCCACCUUUUGCUUGGUGAGCAUUGUCAUUUCUGCCUAUUUCCUCUACUCUGGCUAUAAACAGGAAAUGACACUUAUGGAAACCACUGCAGCAGCAGAAUGUACUGACGUUAAAAUCCUACCAUAUCGGUCAAUGGAGCUGAAGACAGUCAAACCUAUUGAUACAUCAAAAACUGAUCCUACUGUCCUCCUGUUUGUGGAGAGCCAGUACUCUCAACUUGGUCAAGAUAUUAUCGCUAUCUUGGAGUCCAGCCGAUUUCAGUUCCAUAUGGUCAUCGCCCCUGGCAAGGGAGACAUACCUCCUCUAACAGAUAAUGGCAAAGGGAAAUAUAUUUUAGUUAUUUAUGAAAAUAUUCUGAAGUAUGUCAGCAUGGACUCAUGGAAUCGAGAGCUUUUAGAAAAAUACUGUGUGGAAUACAGUGUUAGUAUAAUUGGUUUUCAUAAAGCCAAUGAAAACAGCUCACCAAGUACACAAUUAAAAGGUUUUCCAUUAAACCUUUUCAAUAAUCUAGCUCUAAAGGACUGUUUUGUCAACCCUCAGUCUCCUUUGCUGCAUAUUACCAAAGCCCCCAAGGUUGAGGAAGGCCCUCUUCCUGGGGAAGACUGGACAAUUUUCCAGUAUAAUCAUUCAACCUACCAGCCUGUGCUUUUAACUGAAUUACAGACAGAAAAAUCCCUUUCAUCCUUCUCCAGCAAACCACUCUAUGCGACGGUGAUUCAGGAUCUGGGGCUUCAUGAUGGAAUUCAGCGAGUUCUUUUCGGCAACAACUUGAACUUUUGGCUGCACAAGCUCAUCUUCAUAGAUGCCAUCUCCUUCUUGUCAGGGAAGAGGCUGACAUUGUCUUUGGACAGGUAUAUCCUUGUGGACAUUGAUGACAUCUUUGUUGGGAAGGAAGGGACAAGGAUGAAUGUCAAAGAUGUGAAGGCAUUACUAGAGACUCAAAAUUUACUGCGCACUCAGGUUGCAAAUUUUACCUUCAACCUUGGAUUUUCAGGGAAGUUUUACCACACAGGGACUGAAGAGGAGGAUGAAGGAGAUGACCUUUUACUUCGUUCUGUGGAUGAGUUCUGGUGGUUUCCUCACAUGUGGAGCCACAUGCAGCCGCAUCUCUUCCACAAUGAGUCAUCUUUAGUGGAGCAGAUGAUUCUCAACAAGGAAUUUGCACUGGAGCAUGGAAUACCUAUCAACAUGGGCUAUGCUGUGGCACCACAUCACUCAGGGGUCUACCCAGUUCAUAUUCAGCUGUAUGCAGCUUGGAAGAAGGUCUGGGGUAUUCAGGUCACCAGCACUGAAGAGUAUCCACAUUUGAAACCUGCACGGUACCGAAAGGGCUUCAUUCACGAUAGCAUCAUGGUCCUCCCUCGACAGACCUGUGGGUUGUUCACACACACUAUUUUCUACAAAGAGUAUCCAGGAGGCCCCCAAGAAUUGGAUAAAAGUAUCAGAGGAGGUGAACUUUUCCUCACAAUCCUUCUGAACCCAAUCAGCAUUUUCAUGACCCAUUUGUCAAACUAUGGGAAUGACCGCCUAGGGCUGUACACCUUUGUGAACUUGGCCAACUUCGCGCAGAGCUGGACCAACCUGAAAUUGCAAACUCUGCCUCCAGUGCAACUAGCCCACAAGUACUUUGAGCUCUUCCCUGAGCAGAAAGACCCUCUCUGGCAGAAUCCAUGUGAUGAUAAAAGACACAAAGACAUCUGGUCCAGAGAGAAAACUUGUGACCACUUACCAAAAUUCCUUGUAAUUGGGCCACAAAAAACAGGAACAACAGCACUUUAUUUAUUUCUUCUUAUGCACCCUUCCAUCAUCAGCAAUCUCCCCAGCCCCAAAACAUUUGAAGAAGUCCAAUUCUUCAAUGGCAACAACUACCACAAGGGAAUUGACUGGUAUAUGGAAUUUUUCCCUACUCCAUCCAACAUUACAAGUGACUUUCUAUUUGAAAAGAGUGCUAAUUACUUCCAUUCAGAAGAAGCUCCCAAACGAGCUGCAUCUCUGGUCCCCAAAGCCAAGAUCAUCACCAUCCUCAUUGACCCCUCAGACAGGGCAUACUCUUGGUAUCAGCACCAAAGAUCACAUGAAGAUCCAGCUGCCCUGAGGUUUAAUUUCUAUGAAGUUAUCACAACAGCACAUUGGGCCCCAUCUGACGUGAAAACUUUGCAGAGAAGAUGCCUAUUACCUGGAUGGUAUGCGGUCCACAUAGAAAGAUGGCUAACUUACUUUGCUACUUCUCAGUUGCUAAUUAUUGAUGGACAGCAGCUGAGAUCUGACCCAGUUACUGUGAUGGACGAAGUCCAGAAGUUUCUGGGAGUUACACCUCAUUAUAAUUACUCUGAAGCACUAACUUUUGAUCCCCAGAAGGGCUUUUGGUGUCAACUACUGGAAGGAGGAAAGACCAAAUGCCUUGGAAAAAGCAAAGGUCGAAAGUAUCCACCCAUGGAUCCAGAGUCUAGAACCUUCCUCUCUAAUUACUACCGAGAUCAUAAUGUGGAACUGUCCAAACUGCUACACAGACUGGGGCAGCCUCUCCCAUCAUGGCUGAGACAGGAGCUACAAAAAGUGAGAUAGCACUGGAGAGAAGAACCAAGGCUCCCAAGAUACUGACUUUUACUAUGAAACAGAAAAACAAACCCCCCAUCUUUUAUCCCCUUAAUGCACUUGUGACUGUCAACAGAGGAUCGUGUGAAUAAAUCUCCUUCUAUCUUUUUCAUAAAAUGAAAACUGUUAUAUAUGCACGCAUUGGCAAUUACUAGCAUCAAUCCCUGUGUGAGCUUUUGAGAAAUAAUGUGGGGUUUUGUGGCAUUACCCAGUUUCCAAUGUGGGGAUCAUAACACAGCCCAGUUCCUCUGUUAACCAUAAGGUUUCUGAAACUGUGUUUGACUGAGAACACUGAUUAUAUGCAAGAAACAAAUUAGAAUCUUGAGGAAAAGAUAAGGACUGAGAUAUCUGUAAAUGAGGCUAGUAGUAACCCAAUAUCUGACUUAAGGGCUUACAUUUUCCCUUGCUAAUUUAAAAACAAUUUUGCUUUUGUUAUGAAAUUAUAAGUAUAAUCCUAUACUCUUAUUUUCAGCAGUUAUUACUUAUUAUAUUUAGCCCACACAUGUUUUCCUCUGUUACUCCUCUUUAUGAAUUUCUUUGACUUGCUAAAGAAGUUGCGAAGUUGUAACCUCCCACAUUUUUGGUCUGUUUUCCUCUUAUAGGAGGAGACUAUCUGAAAGUUUCCAUAUUCACUGACAAUAGUAUUUUAUCUGGCAAGGCAUGCCAUUCUCAGUGAAUUUUGCAUUAUGGUUCCAACAGCGUCUAUCAGAGAUUUGGGGGGGAAAAUGAAUGAGAAAGUGCAUACUUUGCAUAAUAUUAACUACUGUGUGUAAGGCCAUCUUUCCAUGGGUAAAAAUCUUACCAUGCUAUUAAUCUAGGUAUUUCCACCUGGACAAUGAUGUAGUAUUUAUAUAUUUUUUCACUAUCCACAGAAGAAAAAAAACUUUAUUGAUAAGACAUGGAAUGAAAAUACCAAUAUGUGUUUACAGGUAGAGAGAGGCACUUGUGCCUUUUAUGUAGUACAUGUCAAUCGUUUAAAGCAUGCACUUUUAUAUGUGUCAGUACAUAUACUAAUGCAGAAGAUUAU